CCUGAUUGGACGGCAUGGCGCAACGCGCGCGACCUUUACACACAAACUAUCCGGAGACCAGACCCUGUCCUCUCCGUGCUCCGGGAUCGUAAACCGAAGCUCAGGGCGUGGGGGGGCAGGAGAGACUUUGGGCUCGGCCAUUUGUAAGGAGCGAGAGGCUGGCCGCGGGACCUGGGGCACUUGCAGCUGAGCGGCGCUGCGGCCGCGUCACCGUUGGCUUGUGGUUACGGUGCACUGACCGCAUUCACCUUGGUUCCCCAACUCUUGGCCCAGAGGCCAACAGCUGCUGGUGCAAACAAAGAGCUGGGAGGGAGGCAAGCCCCCUAGACCUCUUUUAGGAGUUGUCCCCGCCCACUCCCUUCCACUUCCAGGUCGGGGGGCGGUUGUUCAAAGGAAAGGAGGAAGUAAAUUCCGCCGGCGUUCCCACGCUGGCCACAAUUCCUUAGUAUGGCUUUCGCUAAUUCAUGCAAUCACUUCGUCCCGGAAUCACCUCUUUAGGAAAUCAAUUUAUCUGUGGCUUUACUAUUUCCACAUCCUCUCCCUGUCCUUCAUUUCUAGAGAUUGAAAAAUACCUGCAGAGAAGAGAGGAAGAGGCUGCAGUAGAAUCAAGCAAACCUCAUUCCCUGAGAGGCCUCCGGGAGAAGGAUAGUUUCCUGCUUCUUCAAGUCGGCUACCAAAAUCGGUUAUUUCGCGCCUAUCCCCACAGCUUCGGAAUUGCUUCCCCAUUCCGCAAGAGCACGGGGUGACAAAGUUAUGGAGAAGCGCCUGCAGGAGGCCCAGCUAUACAAGGAGAAGGGGAACCAAUGUUACCGGGAAGGGAAAUACCGGGAUGCUGUGAGUGGAUACCAUCGAGCUCUGCUUCAGCUGCGGGGUCUGGAUCCAAGUAUGCCCUCCCCGAUUCCUAAUCUAGGACCUCAAGGCCCGGCCCUCACACCUGAACAAGAAAACGUACUGCAUACUACCCAGACAGACUGCUACAACAACCUGGCUGCCUGUCUCCUUCAGAUGGAACCUGUAAACUAUGAACGGGUGAAAGAAUACAGUCAGAAAGUCCUGGAACGACAGCCUGAUAACGCCAAGGCCUUGUAUCGGGCCGGAGUGGCCUUUUUCCACCUGCAGGACUAUGACCGGGCUCAGCACUACCUCACGGCUGCUGUCAAUAGGCAGCCAAAAGAUGCCAACGUCCGGCGGUACCUUCAGCGAACACAGUUGGAACUCAGCAGUUACCAUCGGAAAGAGAAGCAGCUCUACCUGGGCAUGUUUGGUUAACAAAAGAAGAACGCGACACCUCCACUUGAACUUGAGGGAACCAUUAAAGACCCAUCAAGGGGAAACUGAGCCUCGGCCAGAGAAAUUAACCCCAUACCUUGGACUGAGGUGGACCUCCGUUUUGUUUCUAGUUCUGCACAUGCUCUUUAUUGCUUAUAUAGUCUGUGUCUGUUGUUGUCUAUCCAUCUAUGUAUUUAUACGGCUUUUUCGGGGGGGGUGGCCUUUUUAGAGCCGCACCCAUGGCAUGUGGAAACUCCCAGGCUAGGGAUCAAAUCCGAGCUGUAGCUGCCGGCCUGCACCACAGCCACAGCCACAGAUCUUCGAUCUACACCACACCUGAUGGCAACGCCAGAUCUUUAACCCACUGAGCGAGGCCAGGAUCGAACCUGAAUCCUCAAGGAUACCAGUCAGGUUUGUUACUGCUGAGCCAUGAUGGAAACGUCUAUAUGGCUUUUAAUACAUAGUAUUCUUGGGGACAUUUACCUUGAGAAAUACAACCAGAAAACACUCAUCAGCUGCGGGUGGAAUUAGUCAUAUCUCUGGCAUAGAUUUUAAGGAUAGAUGUUGUCGGAUAUAGUCACACACACACACUGGAGGAGGCCAGCAGAGGAUUAAGUGAUACGGACAGCAGGAGGGAGUCUCUUCCUUCAUCUCCUCAGAUGCCCAAAGCCAAGGUUACGCAGGCCACAAACUGGCAAAUAUAUAUGUAUUUUCUUUUGUGAAACUAGACAGUUAUAAAUUAUACCCACAUGGCUCAAAAUGAAAGAUUUGAAAUUAAUCAUUCAACCACUGGGGAGUUCCCUGGUGACCCAGCAGUUAAGGAUUUGGCAUUGUCACUACUGUGGCUCGAGUUUGAUCCUUGGCCUGGGAACUUCUGUGUGCCAUGAGGGUGGCCAAAAAAAAGGAAAGAAAUUAACCAUUUUGAUUAAAUUAAAUCCUUUCUCAAUGUUCCAUAUACUUUGAGAUUCUUCUUCCCCCACAAAAAUAUCUAGUUCCUCUUGUUUCUCUUGGUAAUUUCUAAUCCCUGCUAUUGUUCAGAUUUGAAUCAUUAAUAUCGUAUAAUUAUUUUUUUAUUAAACCUUCCCAUCUUAAAACCUCUGAAGCCAAGCAUUUAAAUGUAUAUUUAAUAGCCUUUUUAAAGCCCUCAUGCCAAAAAAAAAAAACCACUCGAGUAAACAUUUUAAUUUUUAAUAGGUGCAUAUCUGUCGUAUGCUCAUUUCUCUAAAAAACAUAGGAAAGACAGUUUACCAAGUCUUGUAGAAACAAUACUAUAAAAGAGCAGGAUAAAAACAGAGGCCUGUUCUUUACCUGUCACCAUGGAUUUUGUAAGACCUCUGUUCCUACAGAGGAGGGAAACAAUGAGGAAGGGCUCUCUUUCCUUAGUGCCUUUUAAGCACCGAUCGAACUUUCUGGAAGCUUUGUUGGGCAUGAUGCAGGCUGCAGAUCUGGUGCGGUUGUGGCUCAGCAGGAGGCUCCACCAGCUGGGAGGUCCUUUGUCAUUCUGCACACGUGUGAGUAACAGCUAUAAUCUAUGAGUUGUACAGAGUAGGUGAAACCGUACAGCACCGGCUCUACCACUAUGAGUGAAGAUAAUAAGCAUGUGUCGUUACCCAACAUAGAACCACAGACAGGUUUCAGAAGAACACCAAACCCUUAAUCUUGCCAAGCGUACAUGAGCUCUUCUCCCAGUGAGCUAGGCUGUGUCUCCCUGUAUACCCUUAAACAAUACAACCGUAAGCUUAUAAGAAAAAGUUCCUAUACCAAAUAAUCUUAUGAGUCCAAGGACAGAAGCAACACAAGUAGAAUCAUUUAUUCCUCUUCUAAGCUUCUGAAAUUUCUAAGCUAGAUUGUUGACAGAACUGUGUCAUGGUUGUGUGUUAUGUUUGCUGGGGGCUGGUUUUGCUUUCUGAUUUUUUUUUUUCCCCCUAAACCUUGAUGUUACAGUAACCUAUGUUCUGCAUCAAUGAGGAAAAAAUAAAGCCGAUACGUAAAAAUUGUAGAACUGUAUUGCACUCAUCCCUUUACUAGUGCUACUAAGAGACAAAGUGGUCACACUUACAUUUUGGUCCUUCAUUUGAAGGCCAGCUCCCAACACAGAUGUUAUGAACGAGAAAGUGGACAAAAGCCAGCAGUCAGAGGUGGGUCUCGAGGAGGAACCCACAUGCUGAAGGAAUCAGCCAGAGGAACCUAAAUCUCUGGACUCAGAAGUUUGUGGAAGGGGAGGCUGCUCACCAUCUUUACAACUUUGCCAAAACCACAUGCUACUUAUACUACUUUUUAGUCAAUAUUUUAUUUAAAUAUAUCUUUUGUCUUUUUUUUUUUUUUCCUAGGGCCGCUCCCACGGCAUAUGGAGGUUCCCAUGCUAGGGGUCUAAUCGGAGCUGUAGCUGCCGGCCUACACCACAGCUCACGGCAACGCCGGAUCCUUAACCCACUGAGCAAGGCCAGGGAUUGAACCUGCAACCUCAUGGUUCCUAGUCGGAUUCGUUAACCACUGCGCCACAACGGGAACUCCUUAAAUAUAUCUUUUAAAAGGAUCUUUUGGACAGAGGAACAUAUUAAACGAUACCAUGGGGAUGUAAUAAGCAAACUCCAGACUGAAACCGUAAGACAAAUAGACCCAAUUUCUUCAGUAAAUUUCAAGGAAAAAGAGAGGGAAGCCUAUAGAUUAAAAGAGGCUUAAGAGACAUCAACCAAAUAAAUGUGACUCUACUUUGGAUUGUGAUUUGAAGAAAGUAACUAAAAGUUUAUGAGACUGUGAUAAUGAAGGGAAAAAAAAAAA